AUAUAAACAUAGCUUAGAUACCUAAACCAAGCUAAACGUAUGUUUAUAGAAUAAGAUUAUACGGAAAUCUAACUAUUUAGUAUUUAUUAUAUCGGUUGUGAUAAGACACUUUAGUGUUUGAUUAUAUUUAACUUCGUAGAAAUCGUUCGACUCGAGACGUGCAUCGUAUUCACGUAAUCAAAAGCGUUUACAAUGCACGUCAGUAUUAAUAAAUUGUACAGCAAUAGCACAAAGUUGACGAAAUAAAUUCAUCUUUUUAAAGCAAAAACGUUUGUGGGAGCAUAGAAAGCCAUCGCAAUGCAUGGACGUUUAAAAGUGAAAACAACUGCAGUACAAGAAGAAGAGAAAAGAAUAAAACGACAGAAAAAAUUGAAAUUAUUUCAAGGAGCACUCGCUGCUGCUUUUAAAAAGAUACACAGCAAAGAAUAUGAUCCAGAAGGACUUUAUAUUACACAGGAAAUAUUGGCUGCAAACUCUGAUUACUAUACCAUCUGGAAUUACAGAAAAAAUGCAUUUCUUCACUUUAAAAAUACAAAAACAUCUGAUGAAUUGCUGAAAUGUUUUCAAGAUGAACUAAGUUUUCUUCAAAACUGUUUGAAAAAUAAUCCAAAGUCAUAUAGUUGCUGGAACCAAAGAUGUUUUGUCCUUCUAACAAUGUCCGAUCCAGACUGGAAAAAAGAACUUCAACUUUGUGAUUUGUUUCUGCAGUUUGACGAUAGAAAUUUCCAUUGUUGGGAUUACCGAAGAUUUGUUGUGCAACACUCUGCAGUGCUGCCAGGUGAAGAAAUCCAAUUCACUCACAAGUUGAUCGAGAACAACUUCUCAAACUAUUCAUCCUGGCAUUAUAGGAGCAAGUUGCUCCCUAUCGAAUGUCCGGAUGCAAGUGAUAAAAAUCGGAUCGGAGAGAAAAUGUUGCUGGAAGAAUUGGAACUCGUACAAAAUGCUUUCUUUACCGAUCCUAACGAUCAAAGUGCUUGGUUUUAUCAUCGAUGGCUGUUAGGAAGAGGUGAAACAAAGCAGUCACUUCUCAGUCUUCAUGUUUCACUUCUAGACAACAAACUUACUUGCACUUUAAGGAAGCCUGCUUCAAUAAAAGACUGUAGUCGUUUAAAUGUUUAUAUAAACGAUAAUCCUCAUGUUGUUGUGUGGAAAGGAUGUAACCAAGGAAAAUAUCAACAUGUAUGGCAAAGUGAUCUUCCUAAGAAAGAUCUCUUUUCCGGAGAAAACAAAAUCAAAGUUGAGUUCGGAUCAUCCGAGCUGAUGGUUGAGAUGACAGGACAGGACGAAGCGAUCUCGUGCAUCCAGACGAACACCGAGACCUUCCGUCAGUCGUCAAGCGACGCAAAAUUAUCCGUGCUCACUGAAGAACUCAAAUCUUGCGAGGAAUUAAACGACUUGGAGCCAGGAAACAAAUGGGUUAUGCUGACUCUGGUUCUUCUCAUGCGAGCAAUUGAUCCCACCCAUUAUUCAUCACAAGUACAUGACACACUGCAUGAGUUAUGUACAGUUGAUGGUAUGAGACAAUGCUAUUAUCAGGACCUGAUGUCAAAGUUUGUGAUAGAAGACCACAUCGCUGCAGUUGAUUUGCACCAGAGAUGUAUUGACCUACAUGGCAAAGCAUUGACACGAGUUUGUCGGUUUGAGUUUUUCUCCACCAUAACAAGUCUCAAUCUUUCCCAUAAUCAGCUACAUAGUCUCAACUCUCCCUUCAAACUUCUACACUGUUUACAGAAACUUGAUGUAAGUGAAAACGAAAUUGUGGAAAUCUCUGGUUUAAAGGAUCUUACAAAACUUGUUUUAUUAAACCUUGAUUCGAACAAAAUCUCAUCAUUGAAAACCUUAGAACCUGUGACCACAUGCGCUGCUCUGCAGAAAAUAUCCGUAAAAUCGAAUCGAAUUCCCUUGGAAGAUAUUGACUCACUUUUACAAAUUCUACCCAAUGUAGAAAUAGUAUAUGAAUCAUAAAUAUAGCAAAAUUGUAUUAUGUUGUGUUUGUUUUGUCCAGCACACUGUUUAAAUAGGUAAUCUUUAACCCUUUAACUGCUGCCUCUUUCAGAUUUUUAACUUUUGACCAGGUCUCACCUAAUUGGAUUUUGCAACCAAACUAUAGCAGUUAGAGCAAAACAUGCUAUAGAAAGUUGUCAAGUAUGAAAUUGUUUUCAACAUUAUAUUUUUUUGAUGACGUCAUCAACCUUGCCUUAAUGGUCAUAAAUGCGACUACGGCAGUUAAGGGGUUAACGUUAAAACAAUUGCAUGCUAUUACUCCUUGUACUAUCUCAGCGCAGUACGACUUCUGCGCAUGUUUGUAGCACCGAACCAUACUAUACGAAUUUAAACUUUGCAAAUUUAUAUAAAUCAUGGCAAUCUUAAUCAUAAGUAAUUAUUAGUAAAAGUUUUAUGGCCCAGCUUUUUAACGACACACCAAUAUAUGUCAUUAAAUUAAAAAAGUAGAUGCAAAAUACUAUUUGAUUUUUACACACAUAAAUAAUGCUUUUUUAUUCUGUUUAUUCUAUUUGCAUAUUGUACUGUGUCAUAUUUAUGUAAUUGUGGAAAAAAAUUAAUUUUACAUGUGAACCUAAAUACUUUCAUAUUCUGCAGAAA